UCUAAUGCGUAUAUUCAUCCCUUCCAUAGGUUCAUGGAAAAGAAUUUGAUAGCACGGAGAAUAGCCGAUAGAAUCCAUAUAUUCGAUACACUUUUUUAUUACAACCUCACUCAUAGAGCUCGAGAAUCAAAGGCUCAAACUCAAAACAAUGAACCGUACGUACUUUCUGAUAGAUGCUACAAUAGGGUCAAGAAAUACACUAAAGGUACAAAUAUCUUCGAGAAAGACUUUAUAAUUAUCCCAAUUAAUAAAAACGGCCAUUGGUUUGCUGCAGUCAUUUGCUAUCCAAGUAGAGAUGAAUUUAUUGAAGUGAUUGGAAAAUAUCCCAAAAGAUCUUGUAUAUGUUUCAUGGACUCGACGCAAAGUGCUCAUAGUAGAUGUGGAUUAGCCGCACCAUUACGACACUUUCUAGCUAAAGAAUGGGAAUCAAAGAAAACGACUAAGAAAAAUUUUAGUGAAAGUUCAAUGCCUGAAAUGUAUCUCAAGUUACCUAAGCAAAUUAACGACUUCGACUGUGGACUUUAUGUACUACAAAAUAUUGAAAACUUCCUAAUAAAUCCUGAUUAUCUAAUUGAAAGAAUUUGCAAAGAUCCUGCUAUUAAUCUUGGUGUUUGGUUUUCUUUUUCAUCUGUCUCUUCUAUGCGACGUACAAUUAAAAGAUUGAUUGAACGAAAGAGUAAAAACUAAGAAAAAAGUGGUAGAUGCAAAUGAUAUUUGACCUCUGGUUCUCUUCUAAUCGUUGAUAUUAACGGUUCUUGUCUUUAAGUUAAGCGAAAUCAAAAUGACAUUGAAAUUAUAUUUGCACUUAAAUCAAUUGUAUCGGUAACUUUUUAAAUCACACUAUUGUUACCAGAUCCACCAACAGUUAACAUUAUGAUCAGAUUAGUUUUGGUCAGGUUAUUUGGUUGAAUAGUUGAUAUUGAGUUUUUAAUCGUCCAUGAUACAUUUAUUAUUCAUUGUCUUCAAUUGUAAUUUCAAAACUUCAUUAUGUGAAUGAAUUGAUAUCCAAAUCAAUGAAUUCAAACUUCGCGGUGCAAAAAUAGUUUUGAAAAUUUUUUCAUUUCUUUUGUUUGGUUUUCUAUUGUUUUUGUCUAAUUUUUUAAAUAUUUAAUUAAUUACUUAAUCCAAUUUAAUUAAAUCAAUUUUAAACUUAAAUUAUGAUUAUCAACUCUGGCCGAAAGUGAAGUGGAUCAUUUGUCAAUCGAUAUUUUGAAAGUCGAUCAACUUUCAUUUCUAAAAAAUUAAGAAAAUUUUUUUUCGGUUUUCGUUCUUCCUUCUCAACUUGUUUUCCUUUUCUAUUUUGAAAAUAGUAUUUUCUUUUUUCUAAAUUGUUCCAAAUUCUCAUCUUCAUAUGACAGUUUGAUAUCUCACAUGGAAGCGAAUCAAACUUUAUCAAUUUACAAUAACAUUGUCUACUUUGGUGUUCAUAAAUUUUGCUGUGAUGAAAUUCGUUUAAUUUCAGCAUUAAAUUUUUCCAAGUUUGUCAAGUCCAAGAAAGAUCUCGUUUCAACAUCACCAUUCCACCAAUUGAUAUAAAAAAGGCCUAUUUUGACAGUAAAACUGAUGAGAAUUUGUCAACACUGGUUAUUGAAACUGUUCCUGAAUCAGGGCGAAAAAUACGCGAAACAUUGCAUCUGAAUGAAUAUCUUAAUCAAGAUGAUAACUCAGAAGGAUCCCUUCGUUUUGUUGUUCAAUUAAACGGAAAUGGUGAAGAAAUUUACAGAAUAUUGGAAGAAUAUUUUGCCAUCUUUAAUUCUGUAACUUGGAGACUUGAGAGAACCUUAUCGAUAAGUGUCCAUCAAUAUUUUAAUUUCUUAAACAAUUAUUCUCAGCAAUCGACAAUAACAACAUCCAAUCUUGGGACAUCUUCUAUGCCUGCACAGUCACCUUCAACGAACAUUUUAACAUCUCAAUCAGAGGAAACAUCUUCCAUGAGUGUAAGAAAUCGUAAUAGUAACCAGCGUAACUCAAACAACUCAGCAUCAAAUAGUGAUGAUGUUCUCCUCAGUUAUCCACCUGGAGAAAAAAAAAUGUAUUUCAAUUCGUCAAUCUGAUCUGUCCUGUUUGGAGGAAGGGCAACAAAUAAACGAUAGAAUCUUAAGUUUCUAUCUUAAGUACAUCGAGAGAGACCUAACAGCACCAGAUAUCGCUCAAAGAAGCUACAUUUUUAGCUCAUCUUUUUAUGACAAGCUCGCCCAACGAAUGCGAGUGCCGAAAGCUCAAACUCAGGAUAACAAAUUACUUUCUGAAAAAUAUUACAAAAGAGUCAAGAAUUGGACGAAAGAUAUUAAUAUAUUCGCAAAGGACUUUCUAAUUAUUCCAAUUAAUAAAUCCAGUCAUUGGUUAUUGGCAAUCAUAUGUUAUCCAAGGAAAGUUCCAUUCACGGGCCAGAAUUUACCGAUAGAAAUUGAAAAACAUCCGAAAAGACCUCGUAUACUAUUCUUAGAUUCACUUCAAAGUUCUCAUGAUAAAUGUGGAUUAGCUGCACCACUACGACACUUUCUAACCAAAGAAUGGGAAGUAAAGAUAUCAUCAAGCAAAAACUUCAGUAUAAAAGCAAUGCCUAAUAUUUAUCUCAAGGUGCCUAAGCAGUACAACGCCUUUGAUGGAGGCCUUUAUGUGAUUACAUGUAUUGAAAAUUUCUUGAGAAAUCCUGAUUAUUUACUUGACAAAAUCUGUUUAGAUCCUGCUAUUGAUCUUGGAGAUUGGUUCUCAUCUACACUGGUCUCUUCUAAACGACGAACAAUUAAAAGAUUGAUUAAGCAACAGAGAGAAGUAGCUGAGAAAAAGAAGAAUGGAGUUCAAUGAUGAAAACUGAUGACGAUGGUUGAUAACUGAUUCUCUCCCAGCUAAUUAAAUUCCAAUUAUUCAACGUAAAAUUUUCAGUAAUUAACCAUGGAAAACUCCAUGAUCAACGUAGUUGAGAUAACAUCAAUUCGGGAAAAUAUGGAGAGAUAUAACAAUCCAAAUCACGAAUCCCAAUUGUAAUUUGCAUUUAAACAUAUAAUUUUAAAAAAAUUUCACUCUAUUUAAAGUGUUAAGCUUAAUCUUACCUGAAAAUGAAGAUAUUACCACAUAGGUAUUUUUGUCCAUCUUCAUUAUCUAAUCAUCAGCUUUAUCUUCAUUUUCAGGUAAGAUUAAGCUACAUUAUCAGCUCCCGUUUUUAACUUGCUAAAUGCUACGUCCUUUAUUUCACAUUUUGUUUAGAAAUUUCGUACUAGUUGAUUAAGAUGAAUCAAUUAUCAGUAUCAUGGUUAAUCCAAAAUUUAAUUAUAAUCUUGUUAUUUAAUUGUUACAACAAAAGAAACAAUGAAAAGAUUGUAAUACUGGGUGACAAAUAAUACCUUGUUUUUUUUAAAUACCCUGUAACUUCUUUAUCUUUGAUUCCAACCUAAUAAUUUUAGUAACGAAUUAAGCACUAGACUUGCAAGUUAGAUAUCCUUCCUUUCAAAAUUAUUUUCAAUCUACAGGGUGAGUGCCUCA